AUGUAUUUAUUUGUCGUAGGUCCGCCGGCCCAAUGCAAGAGACAUGUACCAUUACCAUGACGCCGUUUACAGACACAAACGGUACACCGCUCAUCAAGGAAGAGAAGGCGUGCACUCUUGCAACCAUCGGCUCUGGGGGUAGCUCUUCCAGUAACGGAGUUACUGCGACGACUGCGUCUGCAACCGCCGCGCCGGCCAGCACGGACUCCAGCGCUGCCUCGGGGGACACACCGCCCGCCUCAGGCGCGAGUGUUUCGGUCGCAUCGACGGAGUCAGCUUCUGCACCUAGCCAGAUCCCCGCUUCUUCCCCGAUCGCUUCAGGCGCGAGCGCGUCGGCCGUAUCGACAGGUAUAGCUGCAUCUGGUCAGAGUCCCGCUCCCUCCCCAACUGCUUCGGACUCUGCCUCAGCUUCCGUACCCGCGAGCGCGUCUGCUACCCCGUCCGCUACCACCACUGCUGCUAGUACAGGUAUGUGGUGGCGUGACACAGGUUUCGAAUGUACUCUGACGUGUACGACCUCUGUUUGUUGUGACUAGAUCCAUCCGCAUCCUCUGUUGCCCAACCCACUGACAUCGUUACCGCAUCUCCCUCGGUCUCAUCUGCCGCAUCUGCUUCAGCCACAGCCGCCAGCGAGUCUAGCGGUGUGGUGAACGUGAGUAUCAAAUUUU